ACACACACACACACACACACACACACACACACGAGCACCAACCCUCCUGACGCGGCCAUUGUGUUCAAGGGCAAAAGGGCCGCUGCAUUUGCAAAUGGGCAGAGGAAGUUCGAAAGCCGCCAUAUUUGCCCAGCGGCAGAAAUGGCGCCUGAGUGCCGUCAAUGGCAACUGAAGCCAGGCCGUCGCCAUGUUUUCUGAAGGCAUCUUCCGGUUUCCUUCACCCGAGUCGAGUCUCUGUACGAGCGGCUGUGGAGUGAACUAUGGAGCCUCCCUAGUCUCCACCGGAGUCCUGCAGUCCUCACACCGCCCGCUUUGUCCUGCUCCCGGCGGGGCCGAUCGUGACUAGGGGGCGUGGCAAGGGCGUGGUUUCCCGGGGAAGCCGAGGGAAGCCAGAGGCUGGGGCGGCCAAGCCGCUGCCCCGGCAGGAACUCCGAUGGCGCCACCCCCGGCCCCGCUGCUGGUGCCGAUGCCCGGGGAGAUCUGGCCUGGUUUCAGGAAGCCUGAGCUCGUGAGCUUCGCGGACGUGGCCGUGUACUUCUCCCCGCAGGAGUGGGGGUGUUUGCGGCCCGCGCAGAGAGCCCUGUACCGGGAGGUGAUGCGCGAGACCUACGGUCUCCUGGGCGCGCUCGGGUUCCCGGGCCCCAAACCAGCCCUCAUCUCUUGGAUGGAACAGGAGAGUGAGUCCUGGAGCCCCGCCGCCCAGGAUCCUGAGGAGGGGAAAAGCCUGGGAGGAACUCCGAGAGGAGAUACUUCAAAUGAGAAGGAGCAGGGCCCCAAGGAAGGAACCGAGAGACUGGCAGAGACUCUUCCUGCUCAGUUGCAAUCUAAAGAGGUGGUUGAACAAAAGACUUAUUCUAUGGCUACCAAGUCCUCUGCAGGGGUACAGCUACCUCCCAAAGCUGCCUCAGGCCAGGCCCAGGUACCCAGCACAGAUGCGCAGGCCAGCCAGCGACGCCAUCUGUGCAUGGACUGUGGACGCCGCUUUAACUACCCUUCUUUGCUGGUCAUCCACCGGCGCAUGCACACGGGUGAGCGACCCUUCCCCUGCCCAGAGUGCGGCAUGCGCUUCAAGAGGAAGUUUGCCAUGGAAGCGCACCAAUGGAUCCACCGUUCCUGUUCCGGGGGUCGCCGUGGCCGGAGGCCUGGGAUCCGGUCUGUGCCUGGAGCCCCAGUCCGAGAUGACCGGGAUCCACCAGUGCUCUUUCGGCACUAUCCAGACAUCUUUGAGGAGUGUGGGUGAGCUGAAAAGCUGCCUGCAUCUGGAGUAGAGGAUGAACUCGGCAAUAAGAACCGAGGGAGUCAAGACUUGGGAAAUGAAAUACAGAACUUUGACUUUUCUCAAGAAUCCCUUGUAAGAUUGUGAAAAGUGCCUGUAAAGACUCCUAUAGAUUAAACCUCACACCUGCUCCCCUCUCUGGUGUUCGCGUUUGGAAAAAAGGGAUGGGGCGGAGCGGGGCUGCGGAUGUGAUUCAGUUGGUAGAGUACUGUUUUAGUCAGGGUUCUCAAGAGGAACAGUACCAAGAGGAUGAGUGCGCACACGUACACACACACACACACACACACAGAGUAUAGGUAUAGGUAAAGGCAAAGAACAAAAGGCAAGAGGAGGAACUACUGAAACGCCUUUGUUGUGGGAUAUUACUUUAACAUUUGUUUAUGCUGCAUUUGUUUAACUAUGUGAAGAUGUGUUGGUGUUCACCUUGUCUGCUAAGGCGCCUGAUUGGUCUAAUAAAGAGCUGAAUGGCCAGUAGCUAGGCAGUAGAGGAAGAGGUGGGGCUGGCAGGCAGAGAGAAUAAAUAGUGUACCACCCAAAGCCUGGAUGCCCAGGACAUCACCAGAGGCAGUAUCUGAAGCAAAAGCAGAGUCUUUACUGCAAGUUAACUUGGGUCCCUCCAGGGGUCUGAAGCAGCGGCAGCGGCAGUGAAGGGGGGGCGGGGAUUCCAAGCCUCUGGGCUUGUGAUUGGCUGCCCCCUAGUGGGGCAAGGGGAAUUCCAGACUUCCAGGUUUGGGAUUGACUGCCCCCUAUGAUGUAAGGGGAUAUCCAGACUUGAUGGAGUUCCAAGCCUCUAGAGGCUCAGUGUUCAGUCUGGUUUCCCUGCCCAGGGAUUGAUUGGUUCUGUGUCAGGGGCAGAGAUUGCUCUGAUUCUAAACUGUGUUUCUUUCUUUUGUUCUUUUUACCUUUUUGACCCUAAGUUUGGGACCAGGGCGAAUAUCUUUGGUAUGCUCUGAAUCUAGGGGUUUAGUGCAGUUUUUUUGGGUCCUGGUUUCAGGGUUCAGGGCUUUUCUCCAGUUCUAGGUUCAGGGACAAAGUGUCUCUUCCCCCAGCUCUGGUCCCAUUUUCAGGGUGUGUUUCAUUUACUGGGUUGAGGCUUGGGCCAAGCUGUGUAGGGGCUGUGGAGCCCGGAUUUUCUGGGUCCUGGUCUCUCAUUUCCCCCUCUAGAAUUAAGUAGAUGACCCAAUCAUGGGUUCUCUCUGAGGGUCUCCGAUGGAGUAUAUUGAGACCAUGGCACCAUCAAUUGUACUGUGCUGAUCCUUCCCCUAAUGAAAACCAGUAACUUAUUGAGGUUACAGGGCCCAAAAGAAAGGAAAAGUAUUAAGAUGAGUAAUGCGGUGAUUAAAGUUGUUAAC